AUGUCUUUGAUUGUUCGAAAUAUAUCAAGUAUUAGAGAAGAAUGGAGAUAAUUAAUGAAAAAGAAGAUUAAAAAAACAAAAAGAAAGAAUUAAUAUACUAUACCAUAUAAGUUUGAUGAUGAUAUUUAGAAUACUAAAUAAAAAGACGAUUCAUUGCUUAUAGUUUAAAAUAUCCCAUCAACCAUUCCUAAUAAUAAUAUUUUUAGAUUAAAGGCAAACAUUUAGUUUUCUUUAAAUAUAAACAAAGAUUAUUCAUUAGGUUAGCUCUUUGUUGAUCCUCAUUCAAACAAUUAUAAAAUUGUUAGAAUAGAUAAAAGGAAAAACUUGAUAAUACUAACAUUAGAUUAAAUAGAUAGGCCAAUAACUCCUCCAGAAGUUUUGUAUUCUAUAUUUAGAGAUAGAAGCUCUGAAUUAGCAAAAGCAUUUAUACAAUAUAAUAAUAGAAAUCUUGAUCUAACUAAAUGCAAAUAACACACAAUAUAAGAAAUGUUAGAUUUUGAAUCAAAAAUUUAAAGAAAGCCAUAUGCAGUGUAUGUAAAUAUUUAUAGAGAUGGCAUUUGGAAAACAUUUUAAAAGAUUUUUAACAAAGAAUUAUUACAAAUUUUAGGUAUUUCAGAAGAGAUGCUAUUCCAUUAUUGUAAUGAAACCUAACUUAUUCCUAUAAGUGCCUUUUUUGAUUAAAAUGAUGAAUAAUUGAGUGUAUUUUACAAAAUUUUUAAAGGAAUUGUAGGUCAAUAAUAAAUAAAAAGAGAAUACAUAAAUUACAAUGGAGAGCAAUUUACUGCCUAACUCUUAGUUUAGAGUUUUUUUAUUUAUGAUGAAGAAAAAGAUUUGCUUUUUGAUUAUACAUACUUUGUGACUGAUUGUGAUUAAAAAUGGUUAUCUGAAGAAAGAGUAAAAUAAAAUGAGUUAGAUUAUUUCAAUAUAAAGCCUAAUUCUUGUUCAACAGAAGAAUCUUCCUAUUAAGAGCCAUUAAAGAGAUGUGGAUUCAAAACUCUAAAUUAGAAAUGA